AUGGCUCCUCUCACCAAGUCUCUUGCGCUCCUCAGCGCUUUCUUUGCUGCUGCCACCUCCGCCGCUCCGGCUGCCAAGCGUGACGAUGUCGUCGUUUGGACGACUGCCACCUCUGUCGAAUGGACUACUGUUGAUGUCACCACCACUGUCUAUGAUGCUCGGCCCACCCAGCCGGCUCAGCCGUCUGUUAAGACUUCCGUGGUGUCCAUCGUCAGCAGCCAGCCCACUCCUUCUCCUGAGCCCGAGCCCGAGACCUCUUCGAUUCCCGCUCCGGUGGAAACCUCGUCUCCUGUCGCUCCCUCGCCUACUGUCGUUACUCCUCCCCAGGAGCCUACUACUUCCGCUGCUCCCGUUGUGCCCACUCAGCCCCAGGAGUCUGCCCCCGCUCCUACCACGACUGCUGCUCCCACCACCAGCGAGACUCCUCAGCCUCCUGUGGAGACCCCGACUUCGACCUCCACCUCGUCUAGCGCUCCCUCUUCCACUGGAGCACCCAGCACUGGCCAAUGCUCCGAGAGCUCUCCCUGCACCGGUCAGGUUACCUUCUACGAUGUUGCCACCAGCGCCAGCGCUCCCAGCAGCUGUGGCUGGACCAACGAUGGCGAGACCGAGAGCGUCCUUGCUCUGCCCGUCGGCCUGAUGACUGACGCCGACUGUGGUAAGAUGGUCACCGUCAAGUACGGAGGCAAGACCACCACCGGUAAGGUCGUCGACAAGUGCAUGGGCUGUGACAGCACCUCGAUUGACCUGUCGCGUCACUUCUUCUCCGCGCUGGCCGACUUCGCCGAGGGCCGUCUCCACGGUGUUGAGUGGUACAUCAACUAA